GGUGUUGGAAUUUUUUUACUUCUUCAGAUGGAGAAGGCCUGCAUUAUGUGUGUCUCUAUCUGAAAGGAUCAUUGUUGCCGGGAGAUGUUCUAAUCUGCGGAUUUUAAAAAGGCCAACAUCACAUGAUCGGUUUUAGCAGCAACCAACAGCACUGCGAAAGAACGCACAUUCCAAAGUUGGCUGGCUUUUGCUCGCCUAAAGGAAAGAACGGACGAGUAAGCUGGCGAAGAAUCUGGACCAAUCACAGACAACUGCUUUUUAAACAUACACCUUCACCACUUGUAUUCACGGUUGCUUUGCUAUAAAGCAAAUAAAAUCGCCAAUAUUUUUUGUUGAGGACAUUGCAUUUACGACCGAAGAUGACAUACAGCCACCGCUCUCUGAUAGUCUUGGCUCUUUUGGGGAUUUUGUCGGCAAUAAUGUCCGUCAUGUCAGUAAUUUUGAUUUUUCAGCUUCAAGCGCUCCAGGCAAGUUUAAAAGAACCAUCUUCCCUCGUACCGAUUGAAAUUUCAGCUGUUCUAAGGCCAGUUUCCACUGUCCUUUCGGCGUUGUCCCUCACGCUAAAUCUGAGCUCGGUUGUUCUCUGUCUGCUGCACAGCUACUUCCCAAUUGAAAUAUGCCGAGGAGAAGACGACUCGCAAAGGGCCGCCUGGUUUCUGUUGGACAACAGGGCAGUUCGCCACGUUGCUGUUGGCUUGUUUUGCUUUGGAGUUUCUGUUUACUUGGGUGCCAUGUCGAUUUACAUGCUGUUGGUGUUUGAGAUUGACACGGGAAUAGCCAGCAUGUGUGUGCUCUCCUCUGGUGUUGUGGUGUUGCUGGUUAUAGUCGCUCACUCGCUUGUCCAGGCUGCGCACACAGUCAAGCAUUUCCGCAAGCAGCACAUCAACACUCUCUUCAAAAACGACCCUGAGCAUAGGCCUGGCAUCUGCACACCAGAGUUUUCCUACCGAUCCUCAUCUGCGCUCAAACAGUACUCGCAGUCUAUUGACACGUGUAACCAGUCCAGUGAAAGUGAGGCUCAGAGUGGGAGUGUGAGUGUACAGAUGCACAAGACCCUGUCUGCUGAGUCUGGACUGCUCCAAGCACACACAAAGCCUGGGAACGGCGUCAACAACGAGAUGAGAAGUGUGCUGGCUCGCAAAGUCACAGAAAAAGACUCCACGUUAGUGUAAGUGGCAUUAGCAUAAGUACCGGCUGGAUUUCAGAUGAAGGGGUUACAAAAAUGGUCUUCCUUUAACGCUGUGCUUGUAUCAUUACUGAGGUACAGUAAACCAUUAUGCACAGUCAAACCCUUAAAGGUGUUAACCAAGUCUAAUUGAUUUAGGUGGCUUAGCCAAGGAAGGCACCAUCACUGUCAACUAAUUAGGACAGUUGGUCUGCAGACCUGGGACUGGAAGUACUUCUAUAGAAAUUAUCCAUCCCAACUACGGAUGGUGGCCUGAUUAUUUAUUCAAAGGCACAAAAAUAUGGAAGCACUAAAAAGUUGUGUGUCACUUUUCAAACUAAAUGUUUUUUUUAUCCUACAGUUGUAACAGUUUAAAUAGAUACUUGUAGUCCUACACACUGAUAUACUGAUUUUUAUAUGCAUAUUUUCUACAUUACUGGUUGUUGAUUUCAUCACAAUUUAUAAAUGAGCAAUUUACAAAUUCAUAAACAUACAUUAAUGAGGUUUUUAAUUUAAAACAGCAUAAAAUCUAGAAUCAGCAUAAAGCCGAAAUUGGAUAUCUUAACUUUAAAAAGGCAGAGUUGAAGUUCUACAACACAAUGCCUGACAUUUUAUUGGCAGUAGCUGUAAACAAGUCAACCAAAUGAAAUAAUUAAUUUUGUUCUGGAAAACAUAAUGGUAAGAAAAUAUAUUGGGUUGAUACAGCAGCCUAAUUCACACAGCAAAAUUACUGAACAAAAUAGAAUGUUUUUUAGGUGUAUGUAAUCAGAGUAUGAUUCAAGCAGCACUAACCUUAGC